CAGCCCCCACCCAGGCGUCUCAACUUUUGGUGACUGUGCCCGUAGUUCAGAUGGUCCGUUGGGUUCUUGAUCGGCCCCUCCGCACUCCAACUCACUGCCACACUCCUCUCUGCAUCUGGAGAUUCCUCCGGUUUGUUUGAUCUUUCGCCCGUGUGAGAUGAGGACAGAAGCACGACGGAAAAAUCUUCUUAUUUUGAUUUUGCAUUACUUAACACAAGAAGGAUAUAUUGAUACAGCCAAUGCUCUGGAUCAAGAAACUAAAAUGGGGUUACGACGCUUUGAAGUUUGUGACAACGUUGAUCUUGAAACUAUUUUGAUGGAAUAUGAGAGCUACUAUUUUGUAAAAUUUCAGAAAUACCCCAAAAUUGUCAGAAAGGCAGCAGACACAGCAGAAAAUAAUUUACCACAAAGAAGUGGAGGGAAGACCAGAAGGGUGAUGAGCGACAGCUGUCAAAAUCUUCCCAAAAUCAGCCAGCAGAGGCCACGGUCCAAAACCACGGUGGGGAAGCCAGGGGAUGCCAAGCCCGUGCACAAGGAACAUCCUAAACAGGAGCUUGUCAAUCACACUCACAUGGAGAGUGCUGACUUUGGCUUAAAUAUAUAUGGAAUAAACAAAGGGAACGGAGAAGACAACAUCCGCCCACAGAAAAGCCAACUUGUUGACUUCCGAGGGCUGCUCACAGAUGCUCUCAAAGGAGCAACCAGUGAACUUGGCCUGAACAGCUUUGACUGUAACCCAGAUCCCUCGGAACGAUUGCUGAAACCUCUGAGUGCAUUUAUUGGCAUGAACAGUGAGAUGCGAGAAUUGGCAGCCGUGGUGAGUCGGGACAUUUAUCUCCAUAAUCCAAACAUAAAGUGGAAUGACAUUAUUGGCCUCGAUGCAGCCAAGCAGUUAGUCAAAGAAGCUGUUGUGUAUCCUAUAAGGUACCCACAGCUGUUUACAGGAAUUCUUUCCCCCUGGAAAGGACUGCUGCUUUAUGGACCUCCAGGUACAGGAAAGACUUUACUGGCCAAAGCAGUGGCUACGGAAUGCAAAACAACCUUCUUUAAUAUUUCUGCAUCUACCAUUGUCAGCAAAUGGAGAGGAGAUUCAGAAAAACUUGUUCGGGUGUUAUUUGAACUUGCCCGCUAUCACGCCCCCUCCACCAUCUUCCUGGACGAGCUGGAGUCAGUGAUGAGUCACAGAGGCACAGCUCCUGGGGGCGAACACGAAGGAAGCCUGCGGAUGAAGACAGAGUUGCUGGUGCAGAUGGACGGGCUGGCUCGCUCUGAGGAUCUUGUGUUUGUCUUAGCAGCCUCCAACCUGCCGUGGGAGCUGGACUGUGCCAUGUUACGCCGCCUAGAGAAGAGGAUUCUGGUUGACCUCCCCAGCCAGGAGGCCAGGCAGGCCAUGAUCCACCAUUGGCUGCCCCCAGUGAGCAAGGGCAGCGCCCUGGAGCUGCGUGCAGAGCUGGAGUACAGCGUGCUGAGCCGGGAGACCGAGGGCUACUCAGGCUCAGAUAUUAAGCUAGUCUGCAGGGAAGCAGCCAUGCGACCUGUGAGGAAGAUCUUCAGUGCCCUUGAAAAUCACCAUUCAGAAAGCAGCAAUUUACAUGGGAUCCAGUUGGAUACAGUGACCACUGCCGACUUUUUGGACGUGCUAGCUCAUACCAAGCCUUCAGCAAAAAAUCUGACUCAGAGAUACUCAGCCUGGCAAAGUGAGUUCGAGUCUGUCUGAAAUCACAUGUACCCUGACCUGGCCGCAAAGACAACCACAGAGGCCAGCUAGUUGAAGUUUAAGUGUUAGAAGAAACGUAUCACUUGGAAUCAAAAAGUUAUUCUUAAAGACUGGAUUAAUUUGGACAACUGUACAAUUUUGGAAAUAGAUACUUUCAUUAGUUUUUCAUGGUCAAUGUCAGCAGAAUACUGAAGACUGACUACAGGUGUGUGUGCUCUGAGGUCAUGCAAUGGAGACUUUUCUCACAAUGAGAUCCCAUAAAAUUUUGAGGAGUAAUUUCUUAUAGUGUUCCUCAUUUGUCAAAUGGCAUUUUCAUUUUGAAGAAAAAGAUAGAGAAAGUUGUGUUGGGAUGGCUGUGAGUUCGGGAGCCAGAUAGCCCAUCUGACCAGCUGACAGUUCAAGGGCAGAUAAGGGUGGGAACAGGGAAGACGAAGACAGUCUGCUCCUUUUGACAAUAUUCUGAAUCUCAUCAGCUCUCCCUGAUUCCCACCCCAACCAGUUUUAUCAUCAGCAAACCUGUACCGGACUAGCCCCAUUCAGGAGCGUCACUGACCAUCUCUGAAGAUGAGCUAAUAGCAGUGGUGGCCAGCAUGCCACUGCCACUACCUACCAGCUUGUUUUGAGUUCCGGGCCCUAAUAACACCUUCACAUCUCACAUCCUGUGUGCUCUGCCCUUCUCUUUCCAUUGCCACAGCUCCUCACUGGAUCCCAAGCUUAGAAUGAGGUACCUGAGCUUCUAGGUUGGUACCAGAAGCUAGAUGGGGUACCAGCUCUUAAGCUCCUCUACAUCCCCUCAUGGGGUAGUACACAGCUAGCAGCAUCUCCUUCAGACCCACAACCUGAGGUUCAGCUUCCAACUCCUGGUAAAUUUUGAAGGCUUCCACUAAGUAAUGCCAGCCCUCUCCUCACUUAGAGCUUUCCUAUGGUAAGUUACCUUCUGUUCUCUUGUUUUCUUUAUCUCUGCAAGGCAGACUCCUCCAGAGAAGAAAAAAUUUCCAGGAAAAGGGACGUUUGGGCUAGCUAAAUAGUCCCAAGGAUUCUACCCUUUUAAACAGAAGCAUUUUGGGGUAUUAAUUAUAUUCUCAAAG